AAUUUAGGAUAUUUCCAUUCUCGUCAGUGGAGGUCGAAAAAUAGAAGCUGGCCGGAGAAACAUACGGUAAGGCCCUGUAAACAAAAUGUCGCCGAUAACUUAGUUCAAGAAGUAAGGAGACUAUGGUAUGAGCUUUCAUGGCCACAUCCUCAAGUGAUGCUAGACCUCUUUAGUGAGGAGGUUAGUGGUAUUAAAAGGCCCUGCUUGAAGAAGUCAAGUCGAUGCUAUGAGAGUGCUCAUAAGAAUAUCUUGCAAACAGCCCACGGCUGAAAAAUGAUGCCCCUUGAGUGUGGUUUGUUCUCAGUUAAUUACAUUGACAGUACUUAAGGAGUUUCUUAUUACGAAAAAGAUUUGACUAAUAAACUAUAGACCACGAGCAGUCUCUGCUUUGCCGCCCGCCGCUCGCGUGCUUACCAUCCCCUUUUGUGUACGAAAUAUAACGAAAUGUACAGUUUAUACGGGAAUUAAGUUGUACGUCUUAUUUAGGACACGUUUUAUUUUUCCUCGUAUAAAUGGCGCUACUAGUAUAUGGGCUUAUUUGCGUGUAAGAGUACUGUGCUAAUCCAUAUUAAAGCUGUUUUACAUUUUUCUAGUAUUAUAUUUUCAACUGAGGCGAUGAUUUACCCUUCAGUUUCAGGUGCUUGACCAAAUACCACAGAACGGGACAGAGGCCGGUAGGUUUCCGCGCGAGGAGAUCCUGUUACAACUUUGUGUAAUGUUUUUUUUUCGCAAUCUCCUUUGUGCUGUGCAAUAAAGAGACAUUUCCUCAGGGAUGAAGUCUAUAUUCCAAUUCCCUUGAAAGAAGCAACAAAUGGACAUAAAUGUCGCCUUCUUUUCACUGUUAAAGUGCCUGCGUUCCGCCAUUUUGAAUAAUUAUGACGACACUCUAUUGCUUAGAAGCAACCAUUGUUUACUGCGCCAGCGGCAACUACUUGACAUCACAUAUUUCAAAAUGUCCGUAGAGGGGGUUUGUACACUAAAACAUCAAUUUGUUUUAGGGGUAGAGUUUCCCUAAUGUGUAAUUUUCCUAGUGUUCUUUUGGAUAUAAUAUUUUGUGCUUGACCAUAUCACGUCCUUUUGUGACUGUUCAGGGGAAGAAGUUAUAUACAUAGAGUCCCAAACGUUUUUUUUUGUUUGUUUUUUUCCAGAGCCGAUAAAUAUUACCAUGCAUCCAAAGUCUCAAACAGAAAAGGAAGGAACAAGAGUAGAGUUCAAAUGCAAGGUUGACAAAAAGAAGGAAAAUGUGAUUUAUCAGUGGCGUAAGGACGGCGUUGCAAUACCUGGAAAGAAUGACUCGACUCUUGUCCUGGAUGUAGUAGAGCUGCGUGAUUUUGGCAGUUAUACGUGCUACGUGAAAUAUCAGGAUUCAUUUAAUGAAGGCAAAGAGUCCAUCUGCGCAACACUGGAUGUUAUACCCCAGUCUCGAAAUGGAAUGAGUGAGUGAACUGAGGUCUAUGUUCCGAAAUGGGAGGGAGGCUUCUGGGUCUUUUACUGGGGACAGGGAAAAUAAUUGGCCAAUAGCUGACCGGCGCUUUCCCAGUAACGAUCCCACAGACCACUUCGGGACACACUUCCGCUCCAGUCCCCUUGUCGUUGUAUGGCUACAUAAAAGAAGAACACCCGCGGCAACCUCGUCCCCAGGGCUUUUACUCAUUUUUUAAGGGAAAAGCCCUGGGGACGAGGUUGCACCCGCGGGUGUUAGCAAUCAGAAGAGUUGACUGUUCUUAAAUUUAACACCAGCCUUUCACCUCUUCUCUUUCAGGACCCAAACGUUUGCGUGAAUUGGAUAUUAACACGAGAGAUGAAAUUGCCCUGCUACUCCAAAAGAUAAAAUUUGGGCUAGGAGGCUUUAAGAAAGUAGCUGCUGAGUACGGCAUGACACAGGUCCAAAUAGGAGCGCUAGAGAAUUCCAGGGAACCCGGAAACGAUGUCUUGGAAUUUAUCAUGAUGUCAAAGCCUGACCUAACAGUAUAUAGCUUUUGCAAGACACUAAAAGAAGACAAAUUUAAGAGGUGCGAUAUUGUCGGAAAGCUGGAGGACCACUUUUUGGUUCAAGAUGAAACAAACAACACGAAUUUCUAA